CAAAUUACGGAUUCCUAUUGCUCUAUCCAGUAUAUCCCAUCGUUUUAUCGGUGUAGUCUUUCGCCAUAUCGGUAAAUCUGUGAAAUAGUUCUUCCGUUACCUGAUAAGGUGCCCGCAGUUUCGCAGAUCGUCCAAGGACUCGCGGACGCAAAACGCGUUGACCGAGUGAUUGGGGUGGCGCUUGCUGUGUUUGGGGAUUGCGUUCGUUUUGUAUCUGAUUAUCAUCGGUGUGAAUGCCUUCCUGUUGCAGCAGCGAAUAAAGUGAAAAAGUGAGCUGUGGUGGACCCUGCCAAGAUCACACUCAAUCGAUCUUUGGAUACAACGUGUGGGUGUUGGAGCUAAAAUCUACGCAAAACAAAUUAGAAACUAUCGACCAUUGCACAAACUCAAAAAUGACGUACAAGCAGCGAAAUGUGGCGAUGAUGGGGUAUCGUUCGGUUGGAAAAUCUUCGCUAAGCAUACAGUUUGUCGAGGGCCAAUUUGUUGAUUCAUAUGAUCCAACCAUCGAAAACACAUUCACUAAAAAGACCCGUAUUCACUCGAUGGACUACGAGAUCCGAUUAGUGGACACGGCCGGGCAAGAUGAGUACAGCAUUUUUCCCGCCCAGUAUAGCAUGGAUUUCCAUGGAUAUGUCCUAGUUUACUCCAUCACCAGCCAGCGCUCGUUCGAGGUGAUAAAGAUCCUCUAUGAGAAACUGCUUGACAUGAUGGGAAAAGCAUAUGUACCGGUCGUUCUAGUUGGCAAUAAAACGGAUCUGCACCAGGAACGUGCCGUACCGACGGAGGAAGGCAAAAAACUAGCCGAUUCAUGGAAAGCACAUUUUCUGGAAACAUCAGCCAAGCAGAAUGAAUCCGUGGCGGAUAUUUUCUCACUACUUCUCUCACAGAUCGAAAAAGACAAUGGAAACACGAGCGAAAAGAAUAGCUGCACAAUUUCGUGAACGGUGAAAUUCAUGCUGUCGACCAGCACCAACUGGUAAUGCUGGUCUAGUGCCGCCACAACGAUCGUGGCCUAGGGAUUAUCAAAGGAUUGACCCAGUUUAUGAUUCAUAGCAUGAGAGAGAUAGAGAGAAAGAUAGAAACAAAAACUAACCGCUGUAAGUAAGUUGGGAGGAGUAGUAGUGAAUUUUGCCCUCUUCCUACAAUCGGUGUAAACCGGUCGCUCAAUUCAAUUCGGCGAGUAGUGAGGAGUUUUCCGUUCUGAUUGAUGUUUCAUUCAAUUUUCAAAGCACCGAAAUACACACAGACAAACGUACACAAGUACAUUUUUGCCGAUCACAAUUUGCACACCCGAUCACAACGCCAUUUCAAUCACCCCAUUCAUCUUCUGAGCCCUUUCGAGAAGAGGAUGCACUAGAGCGCAUAUGACAAGGAGUGUUCAGUGGUGGUUCACAAUCUUACAAAAAUUACACCCUUGUCCUUGCAAUUGCCUUCGAGUAUUCAAUCCAGAAAACAACAGCAAUAGGAUGGAACGUAAUAUUAAUAAAUAGAAAAGUAGAAUUUAAGCGUCAGCAAGCAAAUUAAAAAAAAACUAUUAAGAAGAUCGCUGGCAACAUGAUGAUCUUCCCAUUGAUAACCAGCUGAUCACGUGGUGUAGUAAUUGGUACGGGCGGAGCUGAUAAGAAAAGAUAACAUAAAAGACAGUUUUGCGCAAUAUGCAAAACUAUUAUCAGCAUGUUUUAAACUAACAACAAAAUGUACGCAUAAAUCCGCUAAAGCAUCUGCGACUUUGUAUGAAAAAAAGUGCAUAAAGGGGUUAAGAAUGGCUGUCGAGUGGCUCGGUGACUGGUAACUUUAAAUUUUAUUUUGUGGAAUGUCGUGGGAUUUUUUUUAGUAAUUUGUGUUCAAAGAACAGCGAAAGGAAGAUUGUUAUUUUUAAUUUUAAACUUGUUGCUACCCUUCCGGUCGACAUUUCCUUUCAAGUAUGAUGAGUAUGAAAGUAGCACAACUAGAAACUGGAAUGAUCGCAUUAAACCCAAAACCAUAAUUUGGACACAUACUUACUGAAAGCCGCAAGUGCUUUCUAAUUAAUGAACAAAUAAACCUUGUUGCGAUACGUGGUCGCGAUUGUU